AUGGAUUGCUCAGGCCUUACCAAGCAUAAAAGAAUUCAUACAGAAGAGAAACCCUUUAAAUGCUUGACAUGUGGAAAAUGCUUCAAGGAUAGCUCAGGCCUUACCAAUCAUAAAAGAAUUCACACAGGAGAGAAACCCUUUAAAUGCUCGACAUGUGGAAAAUGUUUCGGGGAUAGCUCAGUCCUUACCAAACAUGAAAAAAUGCACACAAGGGAGCAACCCUUUCAAUGCUCGAUAUGUGGGAAAUACUUUGGAGAGAACUCCAACCUGACAAUGCAUAAAAGAAUUCAAGAAGGGGAGAAACCCUUUAAGUGUAAGGAAUGUGGAGAAAGCGGAGAAUUUGAAGAGGUGGCUGAGAGGUCUUCUGUGUCAAGCCAGACUGGGUCUGAUGAUGAGCAGAGUGCAUGGUGUACAGAAUCAGAGGUGGAAGAUGAAGAUGCUGAGGCUGGACCAUCAGAGAGCAGGAAACAACCCCAGCAAGUUCGGAAGAAACAGACUGUCAGAAGGAAACUCACCCAGCAGAGGAAGCAGAGGAAGAACCCGUUCCUUGUGGGGAAGUACACAAGGCAUCCAGUGAACACCACCAGACCUAUACAUUGGAGGAAGAAGAUUUUAUUCCACAUGAAGAUGCAGGGUCAUUCUCUGCAGACUGAUCCCCAAGAGCGGUCAGAUGCUGUGCAGGAGACUGUUGACAAAGGAGAAGAACCUAGCACAUCAGAAGGAGGACCAAGGGAGGAAGAGGUGAAAGAGGUUUUGAGCUAUCAGGACAGAUCCAGAAGGAAGAAGGAAAAUUCUACGAAAGAGAAGGACAAACCCAUUUCAUCUCAGAGCGGGGUCCACCUUGAGCAAGAACAAACAGGAGAGAGAGACAGAAAGCACCUUGAUGCUCAUCUGAAAAUACACACACAGGAGAAAACCAGCCAAAGCUCAGAGACAGUGAAAAGUGACUUUCUGAGCAAACCAACUGUGAAGGAUCCAAUGCUCAACACAGAGGGGGAAAGUCACACAUGUUUGGAGUGUGGAAAGAGCUUCACACGGAGCUUACAACUUAUAAGACAUCAACAACAAAUUCAUUCUGAGGAGGAAAAGUAUAUCUGUACAGAAUGUGGAAAGCGCUUCCAAAAACAAGAAAAUUUCAUAGCACAUCAAAAAUGCCAUACGAGGGGGAAACCCUUUAAAUGCUCAAGCUGUGAGAAAUGCUUCAGGUAUAGAUCAGAGCUAACCAGACAUGAAAUAAUUCACACAGGAGAGAAACCCUUUAAAUGCUCAAGCUGUGAAAAAUGCUUCAGGGAUAGAUCAGCCCUUGCCAGUCAUGAAAGUGUUCACACAGGAGAUAAACCCUUUAAAUGCUCAAGCUGUGAAAAAUGCUUCAGGUAUAGAUCAGACCUUACCAAACAUGAAAGAAUUCACACAGGAGAGAAACCAUAUACUUGUGAAGAAUGUGGAAUGAGCUUUUCUCAGAGCUCAAUCCUUACCAAACAUGAAAGAAUUCACACAGGGGAGAAACCCUAUAAGUGUAACCAAUGUGGAAAGAGCUUCACUGUUAGCUACAGCCUUAAGUUACAUCAACAUAUUCACUCAGGAGUGAAACCCUAUACAUGUGAAGUAUGUGGAAAGAAGUUCAAUCAGAGAGCAGCCCACAUCAAACAUCAAAAGUGCCAUUCAGGGGAGAAACCAUAUACAUGCAAAGAAUGUGGAAAGGGUUAUGCUCAGAGCUCAUCCCUUAGUAGACAUAAAAAAAUUCACACAGGAGAGAAACCUUAUCAAUGUUCUGUGUGCAGUGAAACAUUCCGUCUCAGGGAACAGCUUGUUAGACAUCAAAAAACUCAUACACAGGAGGAGACUCAUACACAGGAGACUCCCUAG